AUGGCUGCCGCCGUGAACCAGAUGGCCGUGAACCAGGCGGCCUCGGCAGCGGCAGGGCCAAUGGGUCUGCGCAACCUCGGCAAUAGCUGCUUCGUGAACGCCUCGUUGCAAGCCAUCUUCGCCGUGCCCGGCUUCCGCGAGUCUUUGGCAGGAAGUGACCUGCAGCCCUGUGAAGCCGGCCUGAAGGGUAUUCUCGAAGCUUUGUCCCGACGCGAGAAAGACUUAGUUCCCCGCACCGUCACUGACGUGUACUAUUCAGGCCGGCAGGAGGACGCUGCUGAGUUCCUGGUGAACCUCUUCGACCAGUGCCUAAGCUUCACCCGUCUGACUCACGGAAUCGAACGAGGCAAGCUUCGAUGUCGGCAUUGUCUCUAUUCUCGACCGACUCCCUCUGUGGCUUUUCGGAGUUUGCAACUCCACCUCGGUGGCGCGGCUUCCGUGCAGGAUGUAUUGGAUGCCUACCUCAGACAGGAAAGCCAAGUUCAUCAGCUGGACGACUGGUGCUGCUUUAGCGAAGGCUGUCUCCAGAGCGGCCGAGCCCAAGACUCUCCCAUGGAGUCUCCCGAAAUCGUAGCAUGGCCGCAGGUCCUACAGAUCAGCCUCAAGAGAUGGCGUGAUGAUGGCAGCGUAGAUGCUACCAAAGUCGUCUGCAAUAAGACAUUGGUCGCCGGGGGACAUCACUACAAGCUGACAUCCUUGAUAGCCCACGCCGGAGUCAGCCCUCUGUCAGGACACUAUGUAGCAUAUGUCAAGAGUGGUCCUUGGUGGAGAGUCGACGACCCGCGCACCGAUCUUGCUGUCGACAACUAUGACCGCUUUUGCCAAGGUUUCGGCGAGAAAGCCUACGUCCUCUUCUACCAGAAGGAAACGAUCCUUGACCGGGAACCGAAUCGGCAUCCCAUUGAUCUCGACGAGGAUACUGGAGGAGAAGACCCGCCCGAUCGUGCAAAGCCCGAGCAAGACUCGAGCAGGCUUGUCACCAAUCCGAUUGACCUCGAUGAAGAUAUGACAGACGAUGACUCGGACGUCGUGAUCCAGUUCGAUAAGGAAGGCAUCAACUCAGGAGGUGCCAUCGACUCAGGAGGUGCCGCCAACAGCACGUCCGGCACUUCCAAGGAGAACCCCACGAAGAGGCCGGCAGAGAGAGCUUUCGCCGCCGAGCCCACGCCCAACCCCGCCAAACGCCUCAAAAACCUGAAAAAUUACACGGAGCAGGAGAGACAAGAAAUCUGCGACGCCAUUCACACUAGCGCCUCGCUGAAGGAAGCCAUAGCCAAGAUGUCCCGGAGCUUGCCGGGUUUCGAGCUGAAGGACCGAAACUCACCGAGAUAUUUGAGCCGAACAACUCUUCAAAACUGGUUCCACAAGCACGACAGCAUGGAGAAGGCAAUGGCGAAGGCAGACAAGCUCCCUAGCGACAACCCUGCCAGCGAAUUGAACCAGCGACCGUCAGUUCACAGCAGCCUGGGCCGUCUGCCACAAGAGGAUCGAGCCAUAGUCAACGAGGCCGUGGCGAUGUCCCCUUCGGUCGCGACAGUCGUCGGCGUCCUGAGCGACGGCCUGCCGGGCUUCAGCGCCAGAGACAAGAAAGCCGCGAAGCACAUCCCACUUGGCAGCUUGAAGCGACGGUGCACAGUGGGCAAAGCGACGAGGUCGCAUCGACGGAUGCCGACGGGCAUUGGCUGCUCCAUGGUUCCUGGACCUUCUGUCCUGCCUGUGGUCGCCAAUGCACGCACCAAGACAGUGAAGUGGACGCGGGAGAACCUCAAUGCCCUCGAGCCCUGCUACCCUGAUUGCGACCCCGCUGCGCAAGAUCUUCUAGCCGAGGCCCCCCCAAAACUGGUGCACCAGAACCUUCGGGCUUACGUGACACCCCAGGCGACUACAUGGCAAACCUGGGCGCAACACAUCGGCGAAGGUCAGCUUCCCCUGACGACGUUGCUGUCCGACGAAGAGCUCCACAACCUCGCCGUGCUGCACAUCCACGUGGAUUACCGAUCUCGACGAGGCGGGCAUGCGGAGAUCACCAGCAAGCAGAAACGAUCCGUCGUUCGCUGUCGCUGGAACACUCAGGCACUCCGUGACAUUCCCCGAAGCAAUGUCGCAGCUCGAGCUUUCACGUGGCUGUUGCAAAACAAUGGUACUUAUCGAGAUUUCGUAGAACGACAUGAAAGACUGAUGCAGGAAGAUGGAGGGAACAAGGACGUUCACACGGCAGAGCUGCUCUUGAAUUCACCGGGCAUUGAGGUCGCUGUUCGGCCUUGGUUGUAUCCUCUCCCCAGCUGCACUGACAGCGACUUGCAGCAGCGUCUCUUGCCUCUUGGCUGGAUAGACACAAACAGCAAGCCAAGCAUGCGAGCUGGCUUCAUGCGCAAGCUCACCAGCCGAUGUCUAGACUAUGCUCGCGACUUUCCACUCAAAUGUUUGGUCUACGACAUCUGCAUGGCUCGCACAAUCAGCUCGGUGCAAAGCAUAGCCGAUAGCAAGAACGUCUCCCCGGAGCAGAUCGCAUCGGACAUGGACACCUUCGACGCAUAUUGGUCCCAGCAACUACGCAAGAUGGAAGACAUAUGUCGUCAAGAAUGGGAACGCACCGAAAGCUUUGAGAAAGCUUUGCCGUCCGUGUUCUUCACGGUGGCGCCGGCAGAGUGGAAGUACAUCUUGCACGACGGGAUGUUCCACGAAGGGUCCUUGGCCGACCAGCAGGACGUGAUCACGCUGCACCUCUACCACACGUUGCAGACACUCCUCGACUUCCACAUCUUCAAGGACGGCCAUAGUCUCCAACGCAUCGGCAUCGCGAAUGUUCGCCAAUGGUCCUUGCGCUUCGAAUUCCAGUCCAGAGGCACUUUGCAUCUCCACGCAGUCUUGUGGGCAGAUCUGCUGCCAGGCUGGCGUGCCGAGGACCUUGCGGGUCGCACUAACACCCAGCACCAUUCAGCUUUCGUGUCACUGCUGGAGGAAUUAUUCCGCAGUCGAGUAGACGUGCAGUGCGGCAACGGCAGUCACAACCUCAUGCUGUACGUUGCAGGGUACAUCCAGAAGGCCUCGGAUGCCCUGACUUUCAAUGCAAAGCAAGCGCAACGGGACGGCGCCCCAGCCGAAAGCAGUAGAUGGCGGCAAACCUAUCGCCUGCUUUGUAAGAAAUCGCCGAUGGAGCAAGAAAUGCUGAUGGAGUUUGCGGGACUUGCCCUCGUGAAGCAUUCCUUCAGUGGACAGGCGCUUUUCGCACCGAUUCCAGGAAGCGAAGCCAAGAACAGUUCCCGCAACCACUAUGCCCUCUACCAGCAUUUCCUCACACAGCCGACUGACACGGUCGGCUGUGCCGAGGCCUUGUCCUAUAUCCAAUGGCUCCGACGCUUUCACGUGGUCGACUUCCGGAAGAACACCGUCGCCAAGAGGAAUGUACAUGGUCCUGCGAAGGAUUGUGAUUGUGGCAUCGCAAUGACUUUCCCUUUCGAGCUCCUGGACAUCUACAUUGGAGCUUGGGCUGCAACAUUUCUCAAGAACAUGCCAGAAUACAGGCUACUCCCCGACACACAAGACGAUUCCUUGAAAUACCCUGAUGGAUACACCUCAGAGCGACUGCGACGAGCAUCCUUCACUGCGCCAGAAGGCUGCAAGCAUCUCAAAGCUGUGUUGUGCUUGGAUGAGUUUCAAAUUGAAGGAAAGGACUCAGCUGUCUUCCAUCCCGAUGUCGGCAAGCUGUUGGAGCAGAUGAGCAGCGAGCUGUUCCUGCGAGGCAUCGGCAGCGAUCGGCUAGCUACUUUCAAGGCCAGGAUCCACUCUUGCGUCCUGCUCUUACUCCAAGUACGGGACGGCCUAGAGGAUCCAGCAACCUGGUCAGCUCGACGGAUAAGCGCACCUCCACAACGCAAUUGGUCCGCCGAGCAGCAAGUGGUGUUGGACUACAUUCAAAAGGGCACGAGGGUCAGCGACGCUGCCUCCAUGGAAAACUCGAAUCGAAUCCUGCAUGUGUCUGGCGGCCCUGGAACAGGAAAGACAGAAGUCAUCAUCGCCGCCGUGCGUCAAGCUUUGGAGGACGGCUGCCGCGUCCUCAUAGCAGGACCGAUCGGGUUGCUCGUCUCCAUGUACAGGCUUCGUCUGCCGAAUGCCGAAAACCUCACUAUGGAGACCAUACAUUCCGCCUUCCGCAUGGUUCGAGACGCGGACGCCGCCUACAGCCCACCUGGACGAUUGCGUCAGUACGACCUCAUCAUCUUCGACGAGGUCAGCCAGGUGGAUGCCGAAGUGUGGAAGAAGCUCAAAACAGCUCUCGGCGAACUCUCCCCUUGUCCCUUCGUGGUCUUCGUUGGCGACUUUCAACAACUCCAGCCUCUUGCUGGUGGGCCUCAGCUCCAAAGAGACCUGGAAAGAGAAAUUCACGAAGGCAAUAUCCCGACAGUCAAACUCCUUCACCACGAGGCGGCCCGUUCCGUCGACCCGACCAUGCUGGAUUUCCUGGAAACAGCAAGAGUUCGUCAGCCAACAAGAGAGUCUCUGCUGGAGUUCUUCCAGAGCCGGAUCUGGUCUUCCAACAUCCAAGAUGCGGUACGAGUCGCAAAGGAGAUCGAGGACGCAAACGGCAAGGAGUUCACGUUCCUCACCGUGACCAAUCCUAGAGCGGCAGCCCUCAACCUCGCCCGUCUGGCGCUAGAAUACCCUGCCGAAGCUCAGAUACUCGAAGCCGGCGGCGGCAUUCCAGCAGACGUCGGUAAAGUCGUGAUUGCCCCCGGCAUGCGAGUUCGCUUGACGCACAAUGUGGACAAGGACCGCGGCUUCGUGAACGGGAACACCGGGAUCGUGCGCGGAGUGCUGCGGAAGGAUGUCUUCCUCAUGCAAAGCGCUCAAGGCCUGCCCAUCCUGGUCCACCCAAUCACGUACAAAGGUCGCAAGUUUCUUCCUGUGGCCUAUGGCUGGGCGACCACCAUUCGGCGCGUACAGGGAGCCACUUUGGAGAGGAUCGUCCUGUGGUUCGACAGGCCACUGCCCGAUCGUGGGUAUGCCUACGUCGGGCUUUCCAGAGCCAAACGCAGGCAGGAUGUAUUCCUGAUGGGUCGGAUUAGGCGUACCGACUGGCGACCGGUCAAUGGAAAAGAUGACGGCAACGAACAGAACACAUUGUCCGUCCUCAGUGAAAGCACGGAUCACAGCAAUGAUCCUGAGACAGCCAGCUCCGACUCUGAAACAGAAGACGAGCCUGCUUCAUCCGAUUUCACGGGUUCCACGAGCAGCUCGUGA